GAUUCGCCUCGCGCCUGAGUCCGAUAUUUCGAAUGUAGUGAUUCAGUUGUACGCUGUGUGGCUGUGCGAAAAAACUAUCAAAACAUUCCGCCUUCGUUGGGUGUUAAGAGUAAAUACUAAAUAAAUAGUAGAUCCUGUUAACUGCAUAACAAUUAAAUACAGUGUUGUUUUUUAAAGAAAAAUUUUCAAAACUAGAUUACGAAAAUAUUUUCCAAAAAUUAGUUUCGAAAAUAUUCAAAAAAUAUAUUUUUUUGUAUACAAAGCGCAUUCGAGUGCAACAACAAUUGAUUUAAUUUGUUGUUAUUGUAAAGGUGAACGUUGCAUUUUCAAUAUUUUUCGGCAGCUGCUUGUGUUUAAAACGCAUACAAACAAACAUAAAUACCGACAAACAUAGUAACGCGCAUCACUCUGUGUAUAGUUAUCUGCCUGCCCAUAAUCAGCAGAUUCCACAAAUUGUCUCAUUGGGACAAAUUAUCGAAAAUUUCUCUUUCACUUCGGGAAAGCCAGCCAGUCCAACAGUCCACCAGCCAUGACAUCAGUGCGCAACAAUGCAGUCUCCGUCAGCGUCGCCGCUCUGCUGCUGGGAUGGGUUAUUUUUGGGUGCCUAAAUAAUUCGGUCCUGGCAGACGUUGCACAGAAAUCUGGCGAAAAAUCCACAGAUAGCACAGAUCCAGAUUACUUUUACGAUGAAUCAAGUCCCGAAAAUAUAAAGGCGGCAUCCAAACCGGCCCAACCCACAAUUGUACCGUAUUUUGAUGAGCCAAAGAAAACCGUUUAUGCCAAAGAGAAUGCCGCUGUGACUCUAACAUGUCCCGUUCAGAAUUAUGAUGAAUCGCAACAUCUAAUUGUCUGGUUUAAGAACAACAACACAAUCACCACCGGUAAGGAAAUCAUCGCCGAUGCUGCACUCUACCAUCUGGAUAAGGAUAUGAAUUUGGUUGUUGAUAAAGUAACGGAGAAGACCAAGGGCGAAUACUCGUGUACCGUUAUGCCGUAUAAAGCCCAUAUGGAUAUACAUUUGGAGAUUGGCGAGGAGCCUGUAGCCGAUAAUAAACAGAUGAUGGUGAGCGCAAGCGCUCUGUUGUUGUUGCUCUCAACAUUGGUGGCGCGAGAAUUGAGCUUUGGCAUUUUGCGUUUAGAUACAUUCUUUUAGGCACACAGACAGAGUUUGAGUUUAUAAGCAGCUUCUUACAUACUUAUAUAUAAAAUAUUUACAUUUAAUGUGAGAAAAGAAAAACAAAAAACAUAAAAUGAAAACAACAAAAAAUAUGAUAUUAUUGUAAUUGUACCAUAGCUGAGGAUAAUUGUUUUAUUUUUGUUCGUUCUUUUCUGUUUACACUAAAUACCACAGAACUUGCAUACUUUAUAGCAGAAGACUUAAUCCACAAUGCAGAAAUAGUAUAUAUAAAUGUAGUACUUGAACCAAAUAGGCAGACGAGUAUAUAGUAAAUACUAUAUAUAUUGUAGUGCAUAUGUUAGUAUAAAACACAGUAUAAAAAUAAAUGAUGAUGAACUUUACAAUAGUACUUUAAACGUAUAUGUGUAUGUAGGUAUGUAUGUGAGGUGCAUUGGCUUGCAAGCGCUUUAAAACAGUUGAAAUUUUGUAAAUUUGUUGACUUUUAGUAGAUUACAAGUUUAAAUUCUCCAUUAAAUACAUACAUUUUCAUCGAAACGACGUAUGCUUUUUUUACGUAAUAAUAACAAUUUUUGUGUAAAAAUAGCUUGUACAGUACUGAAAAAAGUCUAAUUUUAGUUUUCAUCGAAAGGAUGUACGCAUAUUUUCGCGAGUAUUAUUAUACUAAAACGUAUAAUCCUAAUCUAUUUGCAUUAAAACUUAAAAAUGGUAGCAUUUUUUGAAAGAAACACAUGUUUUAAGCGUUCAUCGUAUGGAUGAAUUUAUGCUUUUCCAAUUCAUUUUGAUAUUUUCCAUUUUCUGAAUAUAAUUGUAUUUUAUAGUGAGUAUAAAAACAUAAAACAUUAAAAAUAAUAAUAAUAAAACUUUGUUCCGAGAUCGUAAUAUUUAUUUAAAAAAAAUUUUAUAACUUGAAUUUAUUUAUUAUUGUAUAGAUGUACUAUGUAUUUUACAUACUUCAUAUUUAACAUAUAUUGUCUGAUAAAUCUUAUAAUUAAUGCUGAAGACAUACACAGCCUUCAAAAGAAAAGUUAUUAAGUAAUUUUUAAGCACAAGCAAAAUGUAUACGUCAAUUCGAUGAAAAUGCAUUUGUGCUAUUUAUGUGCAUACAUUUAAUUUGUGUGGAGUAAUUAGGGACGAUUAGCAAGAGAUUAUGUAACUAUGAACUAUAAAAAUUUGUGCGAUUAGUGUAAUUAAAAUAUAAUUUUUUUUUUCAUAUUUAUUUUUAUUUUUUUAAAUAAAAACAUUAAAGCAGGAAAAUGAUAUUACAUUUUAAUCGUUACUAUUAUUUUAUUAUCUUUUUUUUUUCAAAAAAUAAAAAAAUUAGAUUAAAUGGCAAAAGCCUUUAACUCAUUCAACAUUCAUCGAAUGGAAGUAUGAAAUAAAAAUAUUAUUUAUUUAUUGUGUGAAACACACACACCAAAUGCAUGAUAAAUAUUUUAAAUACCAAAGAGCGUAUUUAGUUAUGUAUAAUUUUAUACUUCUUGAUGAAAGGAUGGCCAUAAUACUAUUUAAUGUAUUUUUUUAUUUUUGUGACCUAUAUUUCUUCUAAUCGUAAACAACCCCUGAGUUUUUCACUUGUUAAUAAACCAAACAGUAAAAACUGAUAACAUAUACUCCCAAACGCUACACUUAAUCAUUGCUUAGAUUCAUCUAUUCGAUGAAAUUCAGUAUUUAUCGUUUAAAUGGUCACUUUUGUUAGAUAAUCAAGAUAUUUGUUCACCUUCAUAUUAAAGCCGUGUCAAUUUAAUCCAGCAUUCAUUUUGAUGAAUAUUUUGAUGAAAUUCAAAAGUGUUCCUAUAUGGAAUGUUUCAACAAAAUUCAUGGUAAUGUUUCUACUUCCACAUGUUUUCAAACACUAUAUUACUACUAUCAAUGGAAAUGUCAAUUCAAAAUCAAAAUUCUCUUUAUAUUCUAAAAUGACUAAUUGAUCAUCUAAUCGAUGAAUAUAUUUUGUCUGCUAAAUGUGACCAAUGUAAAUUUUUUUUACGGAGAAUACAUUUUUUAGCUACUAGAUAUGUACGUACAAUCGAUGAAAACACAAUUUUUAGGUAAUUUUAUUUGCAAAUCGUCCUUAAUUAAUCUGAACACAAGCAUAAAUGUAUAUGUAUAUAUGUAUUUUAUAUAAUAAAUUGUUUAGUAAUUACAUGUGUACAUCUUUUCGAUGAAUACAUAUUUUUUUGAUAUUUUGACUGUGAAUCGUAUUUUAUUACUCUGAACUCAAGCAAAAUGCAUAUUUUACAUAAUUUGCAGAUAUUUAAUACAAAAAAUAUGUAUUUUUACUGCAAAAAAGCAUGAUUACUUGUUACAAGCCAAACAAUUAACGGAAAAAUAGGAAUGAAUGCUCGAGUCAGCCAUACGUACAACAAGUAGUUUUCUGUUCUAAACUUUAGCUGUUGCUUUAGUACUAUAUAAUUACAUACAUCUUGCGAUAUACUUAUAUACAUAUACACACACACACAUAUUUAUUUACAUACAAAUAUAUAUACCAUGUACUCGUUGUAAGGACUUUGUAUUGUCAAAAGGAAUUUGGAAACCUAAACAGCAGUUAUAAUAGCAGUACUUAUGAAAAUAAAAACCGUAUGGAAUUUGUAAGCAAAAGCUAAAGAAUUGCUGAGAGGCAAGGCUUAGUGAAAGCAAAUGUAAGAUAUAAGUAAGUAAGUAAAUGAGGAGGAAACAGUGAAACCGAAAAGUGCCAUUAUUUUACACAGCGAUAGCGCGAUGAAAGAAAGUAGCAUAAAUAUAGCGUAUAGUUUAAAGAAUAUUUUAGUGAAGCCUUUUAUGAAAAUAAAAACAAAUAUAUUUGGGAGACAAUUUUAUGUGAAAAAAAUAUUAGCAAAAAAAAUAGUUAAAAAUAUGUGUGUUGGGUAUAAAAAAAAAAUAGUUUUGUUAUUUUUUUCUUAGCGAAAACAUAAAUUUAUUUAAAAAAAUAUUUUUAGCAAAUAUUGAAAUAAAUUACAACACACAUAUAAAUAACGGUAAACGACUAUGUAUGCAUUAAUAAACUCUAUUAUAACUGCUCGUUUACGCUGUCGUGAGUACAAAUUUUUAUUUAGGAUAUUGAAAGCUGACGUAUGUAUGUGGAUCGUAUUGAAAUACUGUAUUGUAUUGUAAUUGUAUUUGUAGUUGUAGCUAUGCUUGUUAAUAGCUGAAAGACAUUAUUAUUAUUAUUAUAAAACUUACAAUUAAAACAAAAAAAAUAGUCAAAACGAAAACCAAUUGCAACAAAAUAAAACAGUUGAAUAAUGCAAUGUAAUGAUUCUACAAGCAGCAAGCAAGCAAGGAGCACUAAAAAAUGCCUUUUAAAAAUCAAACCAAAUAAAUCAAAUCGGCAUUAAAAUUCUAAUGAAGCUGUGUGUAAUAGCGAAUAAUACAAAAAAGAAAAAUGUAUGUGUACUUAAAAAAGUUAAAGCAAAGCAAAAGCAAGUUGCAUUGAAGGUGGCUAGCAGAUAGGCAGGCAUUUGCACGCAUUGCUGUUUUCAAAAUGUAUGGCAUGUUUUCAAGAAAAUGCGGAAAAAUAAAAUCAUAUGUACUUAUUUUUUGAAGUGGCAAAAAUA